AUGAAAAAUGGAAAGGCAGUUGGUCCUGAUGACAUUCCUGUGGAGGUAUGGAAGCAUCUAGGAGAGGUGGCUGUGGAGUUUUUGACCAGCUUGUUCAAUAGAAUUCUAGCCCAUGAGAAGAUGCCUGAGGAAUGGAGGAAAAGUGUACUCGUGCCCAUUUUUAAGAACAAAGGUGAUGUGCAGAGCUGUGGGAACUAUAGAGGAAUAAAGUUGAUGAGCCACACAAUGAAAAAAAAAAGUACCACAGAUGCAUUAUUUGCCUUGAGGAUGUUGAUGGAAAAGUACAGAGAAGGUCAGAAGGAGCUACAUUGUGUCUUUGUAGAUCGAGAGAAAGCCUAUGACAGAGUACCCAGAGAGGAACUGUGGUACUGCAUGCGGAAGUCUGGAGUGGCAGAGAAGUAUGUUAGAAUAAUACAGGACAUGUACGAGGGCAGCAGAACAGCGGUGAGGUGUGCUGUAGGUGUGACAGACGAAUUUAAGGUGGACGUGGGACUUCAUCAGGGAUCAGCCCUGAGCCCCUUCCUUUUUGCAGUGGUGAUGGAUAGGCUGAAAGAUGAGGUUAGACUGGAAUCCCCGUGGACCAUGAUGUUUGCAGAUGACAUUGUGAUCUGCAGUGAAAGCAGGGAG